GCCGAGAAGCAACGACGAUUCGACGGACGGAAUUGAUCCUGACAACCUUACGCUCUGGAGAGUGUUUAUCCCAGUCGAGAACGAUGCUAUACUUCAAAAACUCGUGCUUGAGAACGCUAAUGGUGUCCAGAAACUGUACCCCACAGAGGAAGUAAGUGAUGUUUUCUCCGAGACACCGCCCAAAAAACACAUUCACAUUAUCGUCGAACCGCCUGCACGGCCAACAAUUCCGAUGUAUGAGUACUCAAAGUCUUAUCCGUCCCGUCGUAAAUCGAUUCCCGAGGGCGGCACUAUUGAUGAUGUUAAACGUCAGAAAUUGGAUAAAAACUAUCAAGAGACAGUUCAAGCUGAUCUUGAAGCAAGUGGACCGUUGAGAGCUGCAAAACCGGCAAAGUUCGCCAAAGAACAGGGAAAAAAACUGAACAAUUCUUAA